AUGAAAUAUCACAAAGUUAAAUGGGACUAAGUACCUAUGGUUGAUGAAGCUAGCCAACAUUAUCUUGAUUAAUUGAAUUAACGAAAUCGUUUCCAUAACUUUCCUACCAACUAAUGGUUUAAGAGGAGAUCUGAUUAAGUAAAGCCUCAGUAUCUCUAUUAUCCUGAAGAAAGAAAAUUACAGAUGGAACUAAAAUAAAUUUUCAUGGUAUAUCAACUCAUUAACUUCCAUAGACUUUAGAUUGUAACAAUGAUGGUGUUCUUACUUUGGCUCAUCUGUUUAUGUUAUUCAAACACUAUGGAUAUGGAGUGAGUGUUAACGAUUUAUAAACCAUUUAUCAAUUUAUAGAUUAUAACAAGGAUAAAGCCUUAUCAUUAGAUGAAUUUAAAGGUCUUACAGAAAAUCAAGAAGCCUUGUAAGCAUUCAGAAAUAUGAUGCUUAAGAUUCAAAAAACCUUAGAAUAUACUGAAAAGUAUGUUCCAUUAUCUGUUGGAGCAAUGCUUAGCCAUAUUAGUUAUUUGGUUCAGAGAGAAAAGUAACUCAAAAUGAUUCUCAGUGAAUAAAGCAUCUCAAUUAAAUUCUAAGCUUUUCGUUAAUUAAUAUAAGAAACCGAAAAGAAAACCAUUGCAGAUGAAGCUUAUACAUUGUUUCUUAAAGCUUAAGCAGAAUUCUAAAGAAAACUUAGAAGAUAAAAUUCAGUAGAUUUAACAAUCAAAGUCAGAAAAUCAUUCUCAACUAUCAAUGGAUUAUAACCACUCUUGUUCAGAAAUAUGCUCAUGAAAGAUGCUAGUGAACUACAAGAUCUAGCUAAAAUGGUUAAAAUAUAAAGUAAAGUAAAUUAAGAUACUUUUCAAACUGUGACUGAAUCACUGGAUGAAAGUUCUUUAUCAAAUAUAGAAUCAACUGAAAUUGAAUAAGUAGUCAAAAAAGCUUAAUAAAAAGGGAAGCUCUAAGCUAAUCAAGAAAUUAGAUAAUUAUUAACUCAAAGAGAACUUCCUAAAAUAGCAUCAUAACAUAGAAAAUAAUUGAGUGUGGUGACAGAAGAUUUACCUCCUAUUUAAUUUAAUUUAAAAAAAUGUCAUUCUACAAAUAAUAAAAGUCUUUUAGAACGCUAAUUGAAACUAUAAAAAAUUAUUCCUGCUGAAGAAUUGUCUCAAUUUAACUUUCUUUCUUCAUCGAGAUCAAAUAAAAAUUACAGUUCAACAUAAGAACAAACCUCAUCAGAAAAUUAAGGAGGCUGGUCUAAUAGUAUUUUGUCUAUGAAAUUGCCAACUUUAUAAUGA